CGUCUCCCGCGUUCCCUCGACGCGUUUUCUGAGCACCAUCCCACUUUACGAACUUCAACCGACCAUUGUAAAAUCCUAGGCCACAACAUGGGCGAUAAUAUCGACGAGAUCACCGAACGCUUUGAGCGGUAUUGCGAUGGCAAUAUCACUCCCGAAAUCCAUAAUGAGCUGCAAUCCAUGCUGCGACUCUAUUCCAUUUCCGCCGAGGAGCUCGACUUCAAAUGGCAGGCUUAUGCAAUGAAAAUGGGCGCAGAAGACACAAAGCUGAGCCUCAAUACUUCAAGGCAAUUCAAAGCCAACAUUCAGGAUACUUUGGAGAGAGAGUCCAAGGGGAAGGCGGCACAAGGGCGAGAUGGGCGCAGGACCGCACCGACUCCCCGCUCUGGUGCAAAAGGCGCUGACGAUGUGUUCGGCUUCCUGGACGGUCUCGUACCUAAUACUCCCCAGACCGGCACUGUCAAGAGGAAAUCGAAUUUCCAAACCCCAGGAACAAGCAAAGCGAACAAGACUUUUGGGAUGAGCUCACCAGCUGGUGGGCUUACACCAGGCGAUACAAACGGUGGAGCGUCCUUCGAUUUCAGUGCUCGCGAACAUAUUGGCGACAUCACAGAGCAAUUGAACGGCCAGAUCCCCCUCUCCGACCCACCUGAAGAGCCCCCAGCCGAAUCACGCAUCAAAUUAAAGGCAAACACCGACAUGUCCAAAUUCACAUACAAGACAAUGGCCAUGAAAUUAUCAGAAGCCUCGGAAGUUCUUGAUGAUCGCAUAGACGAAUUUCGCCAGCUCAUCCAAGAAAGUCUCGAAUUGGACGAUAGCGCCUUCGGCAAUCCCUCACAUCAAUCUCCUAGCGAGAUAAUAGCAAUUGGCCGUAUCGCAUCAGACAGUAGCGAAGGAAAACUCAAUGGUGCCUCAAUCUUGCUUGAAGGAUCUCGGCGUUGGGGUUCUGGCCGCCGGGUUCCUUUGAAACUCGAUAACCUCACAUCAUACAACUUCUUUCCCGGACAAAUUGUUGCUCUUCGCGGCAUCAAUGCAUCGGGCGACUUUUUCACAGUAAACGAAAUUCUCGCGCUUCCCUUACUGAAUCAGCCCGCUUCAAAACCAGACGAACUCGACGUUUUCAACUCACGCUUUCUUGAUACCCCAGAGUCAGAUCCUGACAAUUUACGACCUUUGACCAUUCUUGUAGCUUCUGGUCCUUAUACUACCGACCAGAACCUCGAUUACGCACCUUUACACACUUUACUCGACAAUGCUGCCACUUCGCUUGCGGAUGCCGUGAUCCUUUCUGGGCCUUUCCUCGACGCAGAGCAUCCUCUCAUACGAUCGGGUGAUUUCGACAUACCCCCUCACGUUACGAAUCCCGAUCAAGCAACCAUGACGGACCUGUUUAGACACCAUAUCUCAUCUGCCGUGCAAGCUUUCACACAGCGCGUGCCAACCUGCAAUGUGAUCAUUGUUCCUAAUCUCCGCGACGCACACCACAAACAUGCAGCAUGGCCGCAAGACAAGUUUUUCAAGAAGGAGUUGGGUCUUGGGAAGCAAGUUCAAUGCGUCACAAACCCUAUGACACUCUCCAUGAACGAAAUGACCAUUGGUAUGUCGUCUAUCGAUAUUCUGGAUAUGUUGAGGAGAGAGGAGCUUGUCGGCGGUAAAGCGAGGACAAUCAAUCUGUACGAGCGCGGUGCAAGAAAUGUGAUUGAGCAAAGAAGCUUCUUGCCAGUUUUCCCACCAACUGGACAGGCAAAGCUGGCUCCGCUGGCCAAUAUACAGGAGAAACUUUUCAAGAAUGGGUCUGGAGACGUCGAGAUGAAGGACGCCGAGGCUCAAGAGGAGGAAGAAGGUCCUAGCCCCUUCUUACCGUUGGGCACCAUGCUCGACACGAGUUAUCUGAAGCUGGGCGAAAUGCUGAAUGUUCGCCCUGACAUUCUCAUAACGCCUAGUGUGUUGCAAGGAUGCGUGAAGGUUGUGGAGUCUGUCCUCGUCAUCAACCCUGGCACUCUCAGCAAACGACGUGCUGCGGGCACGUAUGCCAGAAUCGUGGUUCAGCCAGCAAGCAUCAGCGAUGACGAAAGGGAAAGGGGCCUUGCGAUUGCACAUAAACUUUGGGAAAGAGCAAGAGUAGAUAUUGUCAAGAUAUAAAGCGCUGCAUAGUCCACUGUUAUCAUAAUUCCCGGAAACGAGCUCUCUAUAAAUAUACCAAGGCUUGUCUGUUUUUU